GAUGAAGAGGAACCACUCGAGAUGUUGGUAUUUUGCUGCAUUUGUUGCUGGGAUUAUGAACUUGGAGUAGGUUGCUGCGGCUGUUUUUGUUGUUGAUGAUGAUGAUGAAGCGGUGAUGGAUGGAUCAUCGUCACAGUUGCUCGGUGAUUUGAAUACACAGGAGCUGCUGUUGUACAUCUGGUGGUGAUGAUCUGCAAUGGCAAAGAGAAAACAUGGAUGUGGCAACUGGAUCUGCGAUGGGUGACAACAAUGGUCGCAGAACAUAAAAAGACCAAAAUGUCCCUGAAUUACACAGCCAACUGACGGAAUACUUAACGCUGGACCAAAAGUGGAACACGUCUAAUAAAUGUGGACUCAAUGUGGCAAAAAUAACAAAAUUGGACUAAAAUUGGAAAUUGGCUAAUAACAAAAUUGGACUAAAAUUGGAAAUUGGCUAAUAAAAGUAGUACCAAAAAAGGCAUUCACUCUUUCAAUAAUAUCCCUCAAAAUAUGCCGUCUAAGUGACCGGAAGACUAAAAUGGUUAAAUUUUGAUAGUCGAAGGAUGAAAUUAGUCAAGUCAAAAUGAGUAGAACCAAAUUGGUGAAAUCGAUAUAGUCGAGGGACAUUUUAGUAAUUUGCUCCUAAUUUUGUGAAUGAUUGUGGAGUUUAUUUGAAUUUGGUGGCUUAAUUGCUAUCCCUACCUAGUUCAAUGGUACAUUCUUCCAGAAAUAAAUAAAAAGAAAGAAAAAUCUUAAGCUGUUUAUCACCGCCGAGCUUCCCCAAUGGCUGUGGUGGCGCCACCGCUCUCCCCCCACUACCCUCGCUACCAUCAACGCCCUCCGUUCACCAGGCUUUCUCAUAGCAUAGUAACUCUUCCUACUUCCCCUUCAGCAACUCUCUCAAAAUCGACACCUCUUUCAGCUUCUUCUACUUCAGAAGCCUCUCAGUUCAGUCUCCCCCGUGAGAUAAAUCGACUCUGUGAAUCUCAAAACCCAGCAGAAGCCUUGAGCUUUUUGCAAGAGAAUCUCAACAAUGGCGUCUUUGACUCGACUCAAAAGGCCGAGGCCAUGGGUGCGCUGUUGCAUGCCUGCGGUAACGAGAAGGACCUCGAAACUGGGCGUAAGGCGUAUGAAAUGAUCUGCGCAUCGGCCUUGCUCAGGAAUAACUGUAUUCUCAAUACUCAGCUCAUCACAAUGUACUCAAUGUGCGAGUCUCCUUUAGAUUCUCGUGCGGUUUUCGAUAGUUUGCAGAGCAGAAAUUUGUAUCAGUGGAAUGCUCUUGUGAGUGGAUACACAAAAAAUGGGCUGUGGUGUGAUGCUGUUUUGCUGUUUAUUGAGCUGAUAGUAAGUGCAGAACAUCGGCCUGAUAAUUUCACGUUUCCGUGUGUGAUUAAGGCUUGUGGAUGGCUUUGCGAUGUGGGGUUGGGAGAAACUGUUCAUGGGAUGGCAAUAAAGAUGGGUUUCGCAGCUGAUGCGUAUGCUUGUAAUGCCUUAAUAGCAAUGUAUGGGAAGUUUGGGUUUGUUUCCGAGGCCGCAGUGAUGUUCGAUAAAAUGCCUCAGAGGAACUUGGUUUCAUGGAAUUCAAUGAUAUCUGCUUUUUCAGUUAAUGGGCGUUUCCUACAAUGUUUUGAUCUUUUCAGGAGAAUGUUAAUGGCAAAGGAAGUUUUGAUUCCGGAUGUUGCUACAUUAGUGAGUAUAUUACCAGUUUGUACCGAGGAAGGAGAAGUUGAAAUGGGAAAACAGAUUCAUACUUUUACUGUGAAAUUGGGUUUGAAUGAGGAGUUAACAGUGAAUAAUUCCUUAUUAGAUAUGUACAGUAAAUUUGGGUGCUCAGGUGAAGCCAGGAUUCUUUUUGAGAAAAAUGAGUGCAAAAAUGUAGUUUCUUGGAAUUCAAUGAUCGCGGAUUAUUCUAGGGAAGGAGAUGUUAAGGGAACAUUUUGUCUAGUGAGGGAUAUGCAAAGCCUUGGUGAUGGAGUAAAGGUUGAUGAGGUUACUAUAUUGAACGCUUUGCCCGUUUGUUUAGAGGAGUCGGAGCUGGUGAGAGUUAAGGAACUACAUGGGUUCUCCAUUAGGCAUGGGCUAGAGAGUCAUGAAUUGUUAGCAAAUGCUUUUAUUAUGGCUUAUGCGAAAUGCGGUUCUCUGACUUCUGCAAAGCAUGUCUUCGUUGGCAUGGAAAACAAGACAGUCAGCUCUUGGAAUGCUCUUAUAGGUGGCUAUGCACAAAAUGGAGAUCCAUCUGAAUCUUUCAGACUGUAUCGAAAAAUGAUAGGUUUAGGUUUUCAUCCAGACUGUUUUACCAUUAGUAGCCUUCUUUUAGCUUGUGCUGGGCCGAAAUUGCUACAAUAUGGUAAACAGAUACAUGGGGCUGUGCUUAGGACUGGCUUAGAAACAGAUCCGUCUAUUUUUGUUUCAUUACUUUCGCUUUAUUUUAACUGUGGAAAUCCAUUGUAUGCACAAAUUCUAUUCAACAGGACAGAAUAUACAAGUUCAGUGUCGUGGAAUGUAAUGAUUGCUGGUUAUUUGCAGAAUGGUCAAGCGGAUGAAGCCUUACGCACCUUCCAUGAAUUGGUGUCUCGUAGGGUCCAACCCGAUGAAAUUGCAGUAACAAGUGCUUUAGCAGCUUGCUCAAAGUUAUCAGCUUUGCAGCUGGGCAAGGAAAUUCAUUGCUUUGCAUUAAAGGCUAAAUAUACUGAUGAUUCUCUUGUCCGCUGCUCGAUUAUGGACAUGUAUGCCAAAUGUGGGCUAAUAGGAUUAUCAGAAAUUGUUUUCAAGCAUUCAGUACUAAAAGAUGUUGCAUCGUGGACAGUCUUGAUUUCAGGAUGUGCAGUUCAUGGACUUGGUAUGAAGGCUAUUAAGCUAUUUCAGGAAAUGCAAGAAUUUGGUCUGAAGCCUAAUAGCUCUACAAUUACUGCUAUUUUAAUGGCAUGUAGCCAUGCUGGGCUCAUGGAAGAAGGUCUGAAAUAUUUUGGCGAGAUGCAGACUUUGUAUGGUGUAAGACCUAAAUUGGAGCACUAUUCAUGUGUGAUCGACAUGCUGGGUCGUGCAGGACGAUUUGCUGAGGCAUUAAGUCUUGUAAACCAUAUGCCCGUGCAACCGGAUACUGGGAUUUGGAGCUCGUUGCUAAGUUCCUGCAUCUUUCAUGGUGAGUUGGAUUUGGGAAAAAAUGUUGCUGAGAAAUUGUUAGAUUUGGAGCCAAAUAGAGCAGAAACUUAUGUGUUGGUCUCAAACUUAUAUGCUGAAUCUGGGAACUGGAAUGAUGUAAGAAGGUUGAGAAGGAUGAUUAAAGAAAGAAACCUGCAAAAGGAUAUUGGCUGCAGUUAUAUCGAAGUUGGAGGAAAAUUUCAUAAUUUUGUAGUUGGUAACAAUAUACUUUCUGAAUCUUAAGUUUUGGUACGAGAAUGCCAUAUGGUGGAUUGAAUUCAUUAUGGCCUGUUUGGUAAAUGGCUGUUGGCUGAUUGGGUUGGCUGUUUGGGUUAGAAGG